GUGUCUAUGGAAGGAUGACGUCAGAGGUGGGAGAUCUCAUGGCGUCGUCGCAGCUAAGACUAGAGCUUGCCAUCUAGUUAAAGCUCGUCGUCGAUGCGUUCAGCGAAAUGGAGAAGAAUGCAAAUCCACAUCGAGACGCGGGAGGAAGUGUUCUGUGCUUCGUCAUUCCGGCAGAGACCGGAGACAUCAAAUCUGUCGGUGGAGUGAAAGAUGUCUGCGAGAAGAGAGAGACUUUGACUACUCGUGCAAGUGCUAUCUGUGCUAAUGCUACACCCUGCUCAGAGACAUCAGAUGCUGUUGAAACGGUCGACUAUAGCAAGAGCAUACAAGCAACCGCUUUAUCAGAGACACUGUCGGCCGAUGCAGCCGACCGGUUGAGCAACGGGACGGGAUAUGAGCCGCCAAUGGCUGCUGCUGGGAAUGAGGGUGGCACCUCAAAGUUAGUAAACAACCCAACGGGGGUGAAGCCGUCAGCUCCCUCCAACAUUACUAGUGUGCAAACGGACGCUUUGGAAGGAGGGAUGCAAGAACCAACAGAACUCUCCAAACCGGGUCACGUUAAUUUGUGUCCGGACAAGAAAGAAUCCGGGAGCGAACAUGGCAGUGAGCCCAGCAUCGCGGGAGAGUCCCGUAGCUUUGAUUCACUAGAGUCCUUCUCCAAUCUAAACUCUUGUCCAAGUUCAGACCUUAACAGUGAAGGGCUGGAGGACAAGGGACUGGCUCUGGCUAUUCAGAGCGAAUACGGGGCCGAGGGAAAACUCCCGUGUCCAAAGGACAGAGGCACCGGACAGUCGUUAUACCACAUCAAGUGGAUCAAGUGGAAGGAGGAGAACACGCCCAUCAUAACACAGAAUGAGAACGGGCCGUGCCCGCUACUGGCCAUUAUGAAUGUCCUGCUAUUAUCAUGGAAGGUCAAGCUGCCACCAAUGAUGGAGAUAAUAACAGCCGAACAGCUGAUGGAAUAUCUGGGAGACUAUAUCCUUGAAGCCAAGCCGAAAGAGAUCUCCGAGGCUCAGCGGUUGAACUACGAACAGAACAUGAGUGAUGCCAUGGCAGUUCUGCAUAAACUGCAGACAGGUCUGGAUGUGAACGUGAAGUUCACAGGUGUACGGGUAUUCGAGUACACGCCCGAGUGCAUCGUCUUCGACCUGUUGGAUAUUCCGCUCUAUCAUGGAUGGCUGGUUGACCCGCAGAUGGCAGAUAUAGUGAAGGCAGUGGGGAACUGCAGUUAUAACCAGUUGGUGGAGAAGAUAAUCAGCUGUAAACAGUCAGACCGCAGUGAGCUGGCCGGGGAAGGUUUUGUGGCAGAGCAGUUCUUGAACAGCACAGCGACUCAGCUGACCUACCACGGCCUGUGUGAGCUCACCUCCACCGUACAGGAGGGAGAACUCGGCGUCUUCUUCAGGAACAAUCAUUUCAGCACCAUGACCAAAUUUAAGGCCCAGCUGUACCUGCUGGUGACAGAUCAGGGUUUUCUCACUGAAGAGAAAGUGGUUUGGGAAAGUCUCCAUAAUGUUGAUGGAGACGGAAACUUCUGCGACUCUGAGUUUUAUCUGAGGCCGCCCUCUGACCCGGAAACAGUGUACCACGGUCAGCAAGACCAGAUCGAUCAGGACUACCUGAUGGCGCUGUCUCUACAGCAGGAGCAGCAGGCUUCAGAUCUGGGUUGGGAACAGAUCCCAGAAGGCAUCAGUGAUCUGGAGCUGGCCAAGAAGUUGCAAGAGGAGGAAGACUGUAGAGCAUCGCAGUACUAUCAGGAGCAAGAGCAAGCACAGGAAGCAGCUGCGCAGGCACAGGGACAGCAGGCAGCAGUGGGUGCGGAUCAGGUGGACAGAGCAGCAGAAGCAUCAGCCGCCGGGGCCUCAGCAGGCUCCACAAGCCCUGGAAAACAGCCCUCCACGGGGGAGCGCAAACCUAAGAAAGAGGCCAAGGACAAAGACAAAUGCGUCUUGUUGUAACGGCAGUGAAGCGUGUGGAGCAUGAAACGGGCAGCAGUUUAAUUCCAGUGGCUCUGCGAAGCAUCUCCCAGCGUGAGGUGAAGAGAGAGGAAUGAUGGAGAGGACUUGCCAUUCUCAAGCCACUUGUGCCUGACUUUAAACCUCCAUGUUCUGAAUACACACAAAAGCAGACGGGGGCGUCACUACAAAGACUAUCACUACAUGUUUCAUAGAGCUGGCCAAAUGUUCUCGGCAGGAAAACCACUGCAGUGCACUAUAUUGUGUGGGGUCACCAGGGAGGGUGGAUUUUUUGUAGUAUAAUAAGGUAAUGUAUUAAUAGCACUAGACAAAAAAGUCCCCCAUCCCUUAAAAAAGCAACAAAGCAAGAGAAAUGCCACCACUCUUUUCAUUAUACGAAGCAUUAUCUUUUUUUGUGAAUAUCCGUUAUUGCUGUUGUUUAUAAGCUAUUUUAUACCAGUUUAUGCAUAUGUAGAUUAGUUGUAUCGGUCUGUUGUCCAAGAACGUUUAAUGAAAGGCCGUUGAAAGGUAGCAAGACAACGUGUUGUGUGGCCACUAGUUCUUUGCCUGGCAAUAUUAUGAUGGCACAUUUCUCUUCAUUGAUAAUGUGCAAACUAGACGGACUGGUAUCUCUUGGAGUAAAAUGAUUUUUUGCUAAAAGGAUAUUAAUAUUAACAUGAGGUCACAACAGACUAUAUCAAGGUCCAUUGCUUUAUAUUACAUUAUAAAAAUAUGGCCAAUUUGCUUCACCCCUUGAAUUUUACAGUACCUGAUAGCUAACAGUCCAGUGCUAAUUUGCCUUUUAGCUAAAAUAAACGAACUAGAAAAGUCAGUGGUUCUACUUAAAGGGACAGUUCACCCAAACAAAAAAAUCUGUCAUCAUCUAUUCAGCCUUAAGUUUGCGUACAUUUCUUUCUUCUGAUGAACACAGAGAAAGAUAUUUGGAAGAAUGCUCAUAACAAAACAGUUCUUGGCCACCAUUGACUACCAUGGUAGGAAAAUAUCCAAAUAUCUUUCUCUGUGUUCAUCAGAACAAAGAAAUGUAUACCUGUUGGAACAAUUCAAGGGUAAGUUAAUAAAGACAAUUCAUUUUGGGUUGAAUUGUUCCUUAAAAUACUGUCUUUUAUCCUUAUUGUUUGUCAUUGUAUUCCAGCUCGUGGUCAACCGAUAUAUGUUUUAAAAGAUUUUAGGAUUGUGUGGUGAGCAGGGCUGCCAAUGACUGACAUACAUUAUAAAAUAUUUUUUUUUAACUCUCAGUAGAUUUUGGAGCUGACGCAAGGGUAGUUAACAAGUUAAUCUCAUUUCUAAGUUCAUUGCCGGCCAAUGCUUGCAAUGUAAAAACAGCUAAGCAUUUGUUAAAAGCUAUGUACUUUCACACUCUUUCAUGUACAUGGUACAUAUUCAUAUAUUCUAUAUGGAUUUAAGGUAGAACGAGGAUCCCUCAAGCCCGUGUUUUUAUAGCGCUGCCUCCUGAGAGACAAGGUAUUUUCUAUCGAAACAUUCCAGCUGUAUGCCUUGAACUGAGCUCAGAUUCAGAGAAACACUAAUGUUGGGCUAGUUUCCCUGCGUCCGGGCUGCGUGUGGAUGGGGUCGUUUUUUGGACAGUCUGGCAGUUGCCCUGUGGUUACGUGGCUGCACUAGUAGAUUGUGUUGAUGAUGCUAGUCGUGGAAUGGAGCUGUUCCUUUUAGCGUUUGGUCCAUCGGUGGCCAAUACUCUCUGUAUAUAAAAAGCCUUACAACACUAUCUUUUCAACAGAAACACACAAAUAGGUACAAGACAAGACUGAGACAAUCUGUACUUUACUAUUGACAGAAAACCUCACAGGCCUUCGCAGAAGGAACAUAUCCACGAGUGUCUUGCAAACAGAUUGACAUGU